AUGCUUAAUCAACUAAGAAGAUUCGAAUUGGUACUUGUUUUUGUGCUUGUUUGGUGUUUAUUGGCAUUAAACAGUCAAGUUGUGGCCACCGUAGGUGUGUCUACAUAUCUAAUGAAUCAAGUUCUAUCACUAGAAGAAUUAGCGGCCCUCGACUUCCCGUGGGCCAAAAAGACAUUGGAGGACUAUAAGAAUGGGCAGAUAAAGCACAAUGGCUUGCCGCUAGUUGCCUCUACGGAUAUAAAUGCGAAGCGCUUGUUUCUGAGGUACUACUUUUAUCAGCGCCUAGGGCUUUCUUUCGACCGCCAGUCACGAACAGAGUACAUAGCCCAGCACUUGAAAUCUCUAUUCAAGCACCGCGGUUAUACUAUAACUCGUGCCCCGUAUAUCGAAUACGAUCAUGUCCCAAACAUUCUUAUGCUGUACGCUGCACUAAAUCAAGAUCCAGCCCACCCAAACCAAAUCCAAACGACUAUCAAUCCCAAGCAUGAGGUUUUUGUUAAGCACAUCGCUAGCUUUGCUUGUUAUCUAGAGGCUCCCGCCGCCACAAAUAGACUUGAGAUACUAUGUCUUGACGAAACAAAGUACGCCGAGCUCACUGGACAAAAAGAGGACAAAUCUACAGAGACUAUGAAGUUGUAUUCCCUUAUUCAAACCAAGGAAAACCUCCAAACUCUGCGCCGCAGUUUUAUAUUCAACUACAUUCAUCCGCUCAACACAUACCUCUACUGCACCGGUCUCAACUAUCUAUAUGAUGCCGAUAAUAAGACAUUCGUGAUAAUAAAUCACACUGCUGGUGAUUCUGCGAACUUUAUCCCUCAUAAAGUCUGCCAAGUUGCGCGAUUUACCUUUGAGGACGCAGUGCGUCUGCGGUAUGCUCCCGACGAUACAUACACCAUAGUAGCCAAGGAUGUGCAUUUAGAAACCUUCAGAAAGGCAAUCCAGCGGUAUUUGGGCAUUGGCGAGCACAGAAGGUUCUACCGGGAUAACAACAAGAACAUAAGCACUUUUGCCGAGUAUACACAGUAUAAAGAGCUGAAGAAACAGAGCCCCGAGCCAGUUAAACCCAAUAAGGAAGUAAUAGAGAUAGUAGGCGUGACAAAGAUACCAAAAAUUCGCUACAUAGAAGAAGUACCAUACACCACCAGGACGUCCUGGUAUGCAGAUUACUUUUCUAACCUGCCGGGCUGGUCUUGUACGGCACUCAUUCUAAGCGAAUAUAUAUUCUAUUAUUUCCUGAUCUACAUUAUAUUGUUUAUCUUGGCAGCCUUUUGUUGCCUUUUCUUCUCGUGGGGUCUGAUCUCUAAUAUCUUCACUAACCCAGCUCGGGAUGUGUAUUGGAGUAAUAGUCUCUGUUUCGGAUUCAUUGCAAUCGCAACGGUCGCUUUAUUGGGUAAUUUUGGAUAUCAACUGUUUACCCGUUGCAGAUGUGAUGGCUGGACAUUCUCCAAUAUCAUACUUCUGACACUUCUAGGACUAGCACCCGUCUCUGUUGUUGGAUGUCUGAUUGUGUGGACAGUGCUUUAUCGCCGCAGGCCAAGCCUAGGCAGGCAUCUCCACUGGAUACUUUAUUUCCUUUCAUUCCUACUCCUUGAUGCCUUGCUAAUUAUAGAUGACCAUAUCUUUGACGAGUACGCCUAUUGGAUUAUGAACUCGGAUCUUAUAUGUGAAUCGUUCUAUCUCUUUGGCGUGGGACUCCUUAUUGAUCUUUCUAACCUAAGGCUUGAACAAGAGCGAGAACAAGAACAAGGCGAGAACAAAAAAGAACACAGUGUUUCGAUAAUCGCAAUCAAAACAGCCAAAAUAAUAUGUCUUUUUAUUGUGGUGCUAGGGUUGGUUGGGCUAGUGAUUUGGGGUUGUGGUCUGGAUUGUGGUGCGUCAUAUUUGCAAGCUCACCACAAUCGAAAUAAUGGAGGAUUUAAAUAA